GCUUUUACCAGAUGCUUUAACGCGGAUUUUAAGCAAAUAAAUUUAAACCUGAUGGAAAAGGCCAUGGAAGCGAUUGCAAUACCCACCAUUGAUGCAUAUCGGCGUCUGCUGAACAAGGCUGUCUCCCAGCUGCUGCUGGACAAAGGCGCCGCCCUGGCCAGCAAUCAAUGCCUCGAAACGCUGACCCAAAUGAUGCAGGCGCUGAUCGUUGAGAUUGGCAAUUCGGCGCACAACUACUGUGAGCUAGGCGGCCGCACCAUGCCCACCGUGGGCGACGUUAGCUUGGCGCUCAUCAAUAUGGGCAUCAACAUAAGUAGCCUGGAGCCGUAUGUGCGCCGUGGCAGUCAUGUGCCGAUACCGCUGCCAUCACAACAAACCCAACAGCGUCAGUUGAGUCUGCUGCAGGCGGGCAGCAAGGCGUCCCAUCCGCAUUACGUGCCCAGCUAUUUGCCAGCAAUGCCCGAUCCUCAUGCGUAUAUUCGAACGCCCACGCAUAAGCAGCCCGUUACCGAAUACGAGGCAAUACGGGAAAAGGCAGCCAGUCAGAAGCGUGACGUUGAGAAGGCGCUGACCAAAUUCCUGUGCAAAACAACAGAAACAAACAAUCUCUUUCCCACCGAGGACAACAUGUUUCCGUUAAUCGCCUGUAAGCCCGCCUUUCCGGCCUAUGCAGCUGCCUUGAAUCCCACAGAUCAGGUAUUUGACUUUGAGGAGCUGGAGUACCACUACUUGGUGGCCAAUCGGACGGAAGAUGUGCCCAGUAAAGAGGAGGGCGAGGAGGGUGACAGUGAGAACGAGGAACUGGAUGGCGACAAGUCCAAGGAGGAGAAGCCCGAGCUGGAGAUCAAGCCCAAUUCAACAACAAAUAAAGCUAUUUUAGAGAAUCCCAAUAUAGACAAUCCCUACUUGCGUGCCGCUACACUGCCCAAGCGGUCCAAGCAGCACAGUGAGUGCACUACACCACGCAUGCUGCCCUCACGAAGUCUGCACUCGGCUUCACCCACGACACCAACGCCCUCAACUCUAGAGAUAACCAAAAGUAGUUCUUAAUUAUAAUUAUGAAUAUAUGCAUUGUAAUUGUGUUUA